CAAUAAAAUAUUGUCUUGUUUCAGUCAACUGCGGUAGGCACUUGCAGGCUUCUUGUCGCGUAUUACGUAAAUCUCCCAGCGUUCUAUAGGGUUCGCUAGGGGCACCCAAAUGGCCUUGCUGCUGCGACUUCUCCUGCUUGCUUCCGCGCUAGCUAUUGCAGUGCUGCCUGCUGCGCUAAGCAGGAACUUGCACUCGGCGACGCAAGAUGGCUCGGCUGCUGGUUCCACCGCGGGCCCAUCAAGCGCCACGAAGACAAUUGUUGUCCUUGGAGACUCACUAUCAGAUACUGGCAACCUGUUUAACCAGACCAGGGGCGUGGUUCCCAAUCCCGGCGCCUACUGGCGAGGCCGCUUCUCAAGCGGCCCCAACUGGGUCGACCACUUAGCCCAGAUCGCCAAUACGGGCUCGAACGCCUCGGUAACUGUCCUCAACUACGCUUACGGCGGCGCGACGGCAUGCGCCAACGUCCCCGGCACGUCUCGAACCAUUCCCUCACUGAGUGAACAGCUUAACAUGUUCCUCGCCCGAGAGACGACUGAAGGAGCGUCGCCAUCCGCCGCCGCCACCUUCGCCGCCAGCACCCGUACUAGCCGCUUAAAGCUGUACAAAGGCCGUUCUGCAGCGGAUAGUGAUGGGGGCCCGCUUUGCCAGAUGCCCGCUUGGCCCCAAGCAAAGCCAAGUGCCGACAGUGACGACGGCGGCGACGAUUCCGAGCGGUUGUUCGUUGUGUUCGUUGGGCACAACGACCUGCUGUCGCUGCACGACUCCGAGUGGAACGACCCACGGGUCGUUCAGGCCGCGGUUACCAACAUGACCUACUGCAUUGUGGAUGUUCUGGACCGUCUUAUGGCUAGCCUGACUCAACAACGCCAGCAACAGAAAGCACGGCAGCAGUAUCAGCUGCUACCCGAUGCCGAUAGUGAUGAUCCAAGCAGCCCAUUCUUAGCUGCCGGCGAUGCUGACACAGUAACCCUAACCGGUCCUCGAGAUCGUGUCGUACUUUGGAAUCUGGCGCCGCUGGAGACCGCCCCUGCCGUACCCGACGCAAUCCGGCCCAAAGUCGCCACCGCCGUCGCCACCGCCAAUCUCGCUUUGGAGGCCAUGUUAACACCGCUUCGAGCCCGCUACGGUGCAAGCGGCGGCCCGGGAGGGCCCAAUGCCGGCCGCGACAACGGAUGGUUGUCCCUCGAUCUGUACGACAUUCACGGCACCUGCUUUUGCGCCCAGCAUCAUACGGCAAAGUACGGAUUCCGUAACGCCAGCCAGUACUGCGUGCAUGUGGACCGAGUUGAGGACGUAGACGGCAUCUCCGUGGCCGCUCGUCUGACUCGCGUGUCGGCGGUGGCGCAACGUGACAACGUGUGUUCGCGCCCCGAGGACUGUCUGUGGUACGACAGCCUGCACCCCACCAGCCUGGCGCAACGUCUGGCCUUUGCGGAGCCCUUUGCGCGGCAGCUGGGCUGGCAGCUGGGGUAGGAGGGAUGAGGUGGGGCGAGGUGGGGUGCUGGAGAUCAAGGAAUAAGCAGUCCGUUCGAACAG